AGCUGUGGUUGUUUUAAAGUGCUUUAUAAAUAAAGUUGGUAUGGUAUGGUAUAAACCCUCUCUCCCUCACCCUGACCAAUUUAUGCACAACUUACAUUUGAAAUUUAUGAGUAAAGGCAAUCUUCCUCCUGGAUUUAUUUUAAUUUAAUUUGCCAAAGUUUAAUUGUACACAUUAAGCAUCCCCUAGAGAUACUCGGGGAGGGGGGUGGCAUUAAAUCACAAUUAAUGCAAUUUAAAACUAAGCAGGAAGAGUUUAUAACCCAAAGAAAUGUGUGUCACAUGGACCAGCACGAUUCCUACCAGUGUUGAAAAGGGAGGUGAUUUUCACAUUGCGUAUGAAGCAUUUAAACUUUUUUAAAAAAAAAGACAGGAUGUCAUCACACAGCUAAAACCUGAAUACAGGAGACAGUAAAGUAAGCAUUAAAAUAACACAUCGAAACAUCGUAACUAUGACUAGGUUUAACAAGCAGAAAGAUUAGGUUUGAAUUGUGUCUCCUUUCUACCUUUUCCUCUUUUCUUUCCAUCUUCCAUCCUUUAUUGCUCCAUUUGAAGCUUCCUCCCAGGUGGGAAAUCAUUACAUGGCUCACAACUGUGAUUUUCCAAUAUUUUUAUUUUUUUAUUUUUAAACAGAACACCUAAAAAAUAAAAAAGCCUUGCUGGGAGCCUGCGGCACCUCUCCAGACACAAACUUGUCUUUGACCUCGCUCUAUUACACACAAACACACAUGAGCCUGCAUGUUUCCCCAGACCCAGAGGGUGAGAUAUAAAGCUAAGGGGGCCUAGAGGUAGAGAUGGAUUGUCAGGUGGUUUAAUUAGAGCUGCAGUGAGUAUUUGUCUGAGACAAAGAUUUAGGGGGGUCUCUUUGCAUUUGGAGCAUGAACGUGAACAUAGCGGUCUGGUAAGGAAACAGAUCAAUGUGUCCUCAUUUUUUUUUUUUUUCUUUUCCCCCCCUCAAGUCAAGAGCAAGGAGACAAAUUCAGGUGAUACUAAUAGGAGAGAGAAAAACUAGGAAAGGAGGGAGUUCAAGGAGAACGGAAUAAAAGUGUGCAGAUGAGAGGGCAGGAGGACUAGAAAAAUGGGAUCGAAUGAGAUAUAUGCAAGCUAAAAUACGGAGAUUUUUCUCUUUCUCCUGCCUACACAGCGCGCUCCUUCUCCUCCCUUCUCCGUCUCUCUCUUUGACAAUGACAUCCUUCUCCUCUCAUCCUGCACUCCAGAAUCAAAUAGCUGUGACCAUGCUCUAACACAGCUAUCACUCGCAUCAGACCCCUCUUGCCGCUUCAGCCUGCAUGUGUGUGCACAACCCCAUUUACAUCGGUACAAGCGCGCGUACAGGAGCUGUUCUCUCUCUCACUAGAGGUCAAGCGAAACACAACACAAGGUGAGUCAACCACUUUGCCGUGGCGCAUAUAUCACUGGUUAUUUUCAGAUAAGGGAGGGGGGUUUCGCCGGGGACACUCAUGAGGAUGCUGCAUCAGAGAAACACUCGGUGAAUAGUAACUGAAAUCUCACUCAGGAUGUUGGGGGAAGUCUAGAAACAUUAAUACACAAAUACAUUUAGGGACUGACACAACUUCAGCUGGCUCGUCUUUGAAGACACUCGUGCUUCUUGAAAUUCUUUUAGGGUUUUGUCACAUUUUUGUUGGGAAUUUAUGCGGCUAGAUCGGGACAAAGGGAAUUUGUCACUGAACUGGAACACAAAUCAUGUUUUUCAAGGUUCUGUCAAAUACAAAAUCUGAAAAAUGUGACACAUUUUUAUUUCGACUGGAUGAAGAGCAUCUGUGAAGAUGAGUUGUGUCGUCUUGCAUAUGAUUUUUUUUUUUUUAAUCAGAUUUAGGUCAGCGCUGGCUGUACAUGAAGGGCUGUGGUGCUGCUCUAAGCGAGCAGUCUCGGUCACGUUUUCAUCCACCAUGCUACUGUUUUUAAAAAGCAAACCAAGGCAUGAUGCUGCCACCACCGUGCCUUCAUUGUCUGUUGGGGGGAUCUUAUCUUUUGCAUUUUUUUGCAGUAAACCACAGAAGUGACUUCUCGUUAUUCUCUUUUACAAAUUUAACAGUCCUGCCACUCUUCCAUUCAAAAUCAGAUUUUGUGGGGUGGUGCUGUGAACACGUUCUCUCCCCAAAGCUGCAGCUCCUGCAGAGAUACUGACAGCUUCUUUGUUUCUCAGAUGAAUGGUCCGAUUGCCUCAUAGCCCAAGCUUUUUUCAAACUUCUCUGCUUCUUUAUCCCUGACUUGUCUGGCGGGUUCACUGAUGCCGUUUACUCUCUCAUGUUCUCUAACAAACCUUCAAGGUGUUCACAGAGCAGCCGUUAAUUUCCUAAACUACACACACAUUGACCAUAUUAACUAAUUAAAUGACUUCUGAAGGCAGCUGGUUUCGCUGGAUUUAAUUCUGAGUUUUCAGUAAAUUAUUGGGUGUGUGUGAUAAGGGUAAGAAAAUGCAGACAAAGUUGAAGGGAUACGAGUAGUUUUGCAAGAAACCUCGACAUUCAGAAAAAUGCGUUCAAAGUAUGUUUGAAAUUUUAAUGAAAAAAAAAACAACUAAAGAUCUAUUUCAUAAUUCAGACAAACGAGAAAAUUAAUUAGCAAUCAGAGAGUUUCUGCCACACUGAGAAGACAAAGUAAUCAUCAUUACGCAUAAUUUCAGGCUGACGCGGUGUUUACUUUUACCAUCUUUUUUUUUUUUUUUUUUUACUGUCAGAAGAAAGUGAUGUCAUCCGCAGCAGGAACGAAUGUUGGCACAGACACACGAUCAGAUCAAAGCAGGAUGAGUGGCAGGAACGGCGAAGGCAGAGUAUUAGGUGUGAGUAAGGAACAAAGAUAAAAGAGGAGAACCGGAUGGAGAUAAGAGGUAGAAAUGGGGCAAAAACGAGGCUAGAGAGCAUUAGAGAACGUAUCGGUGAACGUAAGUCACUAAGUGAGCAGUAGUAGACUGUUCAGCCAGAAAAGCAAGUGACCCAAGCAACAGUGCACAUUUCAGUGUAUGCAUGUGUGCGUGCGUGCGCGUGCGUGCGUGUGUGUGUGCGUGUGUGUGUGUGUGUGUCCUGGCUCGACUCCCAGGAGCAGACACUUCUGUGCUGCCAAAGUUUAACUGGGUCCAUUCUCGUGCCACGGUUGAUGUAGUGAACUACACCAGAACUACAGCAUUCCACUGGGAUAAGCCUCUAAAAGGGAAUACCAUGGAAAAAGAUUGAGUCAAAGAAGGGGUUCUAAUAACAGAGCGACAGGAUUUAAGGAAAAAACAAACAAAACAGAUAUACGCAAGAGUUAAUGAGAAAAUUGCAGUAGGUAGAAGCAGAGAUAGAAAUCGAUUAAGGAGAGGAAGAAGGAGAGGGAGGUAGAGAUGAAGAGAGAGAGAGAGGGAGGGAGGGAGAGAAUCACUGGGCUCCACGAGGAUCAGCAGCGUCAGAAUGAGACGGGGAGAGAUAGAGAGCGGUAAAGAGUCAGGAGAGGAGAGGAGAGAGCGCUGGCGAGGACUAAAGGACUACCAGCUACAAGAGAGACACACCAAGAAGGAGGGAGGAAAAGCAUGCUGACCAAGGAGGAGCACAAGAAACGAACUAAUCAGGAAUGCCCAGAGAAGCCAUCGCCUGCAGGCCAUUGGUCAGAAAGUGAGAAAGACCCUGACAGAGAUGUCCACUCAGAGUUGACUAAACUUCGAAGGAGAUCAAUAAUGAAAGAAUCCCCAGAGUUUAUUGGAUAUUGAAUUCCUGUCAACAACUUCUAUACGGAGCUCUUUUCUUCUGCCACUGCAACACUCGGAUUUAUUUUGGUAAACAAAAGCUGGAACGUCUUUCCUUUCUGUUGGAUAUAACCUUGCAGAGGCUGGCUGAUGUCAUCGCUUGCCUCCAUCCCUUUCAGCUCCUCUGGGGGCUGAGCCAACCUACAGAGGAGCAUGGGCAGGAGAGUGGCGGAUCCAACUAAUCCGGUGCCUGCGCUGGGAGUUCCUCUGGCUGGGGGGCGAUGGGGUCCACUUUGCAGCAUUGGGGUGCAGACAUCUCCCAGACUGCGGACUCUACCCUCUAUCAAACGACACGGCAGCCAACAGACCACAACGCAUCAGUCCCUCACCAUGGCGACAGAACAAGCACUGGCAGCGGACACAGGAGGAGCUAUCAGAAGUGACAGCAAGAGCCUGCCGGUGUCCAAAGAGACGUCUCAGAACGAAAUCAACAGCCUUACGCAGGACGACAUGGGGUCACAAGGGUCGGGCAGUGGAGUUUAUUGCCAGAUCAGGACUAUACAAACAAACCCCAAGGACAAAAAAGAUAAAAGGACAACUCGGUAUAUAAAUGGGAGUGUCGUAGCCUCAGAUUUGGUGGAAGGAGUUUGCAGUGAAUCAACAGAAAGCAAGGAGCCAACCCAGGAAAAGAGAAGGGUGCAAUCUCUGCGAGGGGAAGGCCACCGCUCGGUGUUAAAGACAGCAAGUGUUUGUUCAGCUGCACACGCCACCACCACACCUCGGCCCUGUCGGACAAUGGCAACCUCACCGCAACGUCUUUGUGUGACGUGUGGGAGGAGACGGUCGCAGAUUACGCAGUGCACAGGUGCAUGUCGCAGGAGAGCAGUCAAUCAAAUAACGGCAAGUCAAACUUUACCUAAUCCACCACGGAAAACAUCUGUAGCCCCCGCCCAGUCGAGAAAAGCCUCUGCUGCUCUGAGUUCUCAGUCUUGCUCCAAAAGCACAGACAGAGCCAACCCACUGCAGGCCACAUCAGGAAAGGCUUCUCAAAUACCCCAGCUGUCCCACACCAUGCCAAAAACACACAGUUCACAGUUCAACCACACAGCACAUACUCAUAACCAAACAAAAGACUCAAAGCUGCAGACAAGGCCACAUUCAGCAGACUUUACCUGUUAUAAGGACUCAGCCACGCAAACAUCAGAAACACACACACACUCCAACACAGACAGAACGACAGCACUCACACAAAACGCAGAGGCGAGCCGACCUCAUCCAACAAACAAACAAAAUCACAAUCAGGGUCAAAUCCAGAAAAUUGAUGAAUCAGUCUGCAACAUUUCUAAGUCUCAAAUGCCUUCCCCUCUCAGUGACUCAAAAUCCAGCAGCACCCCACCACUCCCACCAAAACACUCUUCUAUGGCGGCCCAUUCUAAACCGACCACACCUGCAGCACACACCAAAAACGAAGAGGCCACGAAGUCACCCAAGCAAUCCACGGAUCGUGCGAAACUCAAGGACACAAGGCUGAAGAGCAAAUCGUUUGACGACAACACUCUGCCUUGUAAGACUCACAUGAAAGCACAAUGUAAUGGGGCACCAGGGGGACUUGUAGAUGGACAGGCAGUGAAUGUGCCACCUGGGCUGGAGAGGCAGCUACAAAACGUGGAAGAGAACCUUCUGUCCAAUCAGGAGAAGAUUAAAGUGCUGCUCAAUGUGAUUCAAGACCUGGAGAAGAGCAAAGCUUUAAGCGAAGGGUGAGUGGAAUGAGGCUUUAAAAAUACACAGC